AUGAUCAACAAAAUACAGGGUUUAGAUAUUAAUAAAAGUGAAGAAAAAAUAGAAUUAAUCCAUGAUGAAGCAGAAGAAAAUAAUGUUGAUCACAAUGAUGAUGACGAUGUUGACAUACCUCCACUAGAAAAAGGGAGUGUGUGGUCAAAUAGAAUUACAACAAUUGAUAAAGGAAUUUGCUUGUUAUGGCAUAAUAUUUCUGCCCGAGAAUAA